AUGAUUGGAACGACUAUCCUGCGUCGGACGCCAAGGUCCCUUUUUCUUAACGCUACGCACAGAUCAGUAUCUUCCACGGUUCCGAGAGCUCGGAGAUUUCUAGUGUUUGCGCCCGACAAAACAGAAGAAGGCAUUCUUGCUCGUCGGUUCCAAGUGAGGCCGCAGCACCUAGAAAGGAUACAUGUUUUCCUCAAAAAUGGGACCUUGAAGGAUGGAGGGUUGAUGGUCGACCCAGAGGUAGAACCCGAGCCGGGAAAGUUGGCAGCUAUAGGUUCCUGUUUGAUACUCGAGGCCGAGACGUUGGCGGAUGCCAAGAAACUGGUGGAAUCUGAUAUUUACUACACGUCGGGCGUCUGGGAUCCUGAGAAACUGGUUAUUGUACCGUUCAUUCCUGCGACUUUGCCAUGA